AUGUUGCAACUAAUUAGGGAUGCUGAUGAAUGUGAGGUAGUGGAUUUGUAUGUUGAGCAUAGUAUUAGUGUACCUAACAUUGUAGAUGAUGCAGAAGUAGGACAUGACAUAACUUAUAAUGAUGACGAGGUUCAAUGUACUGGUGAGAAAUUUGUUGAUGAUGAGGUGGAAGUAGAUAAUAAUGCUGAAGUAGUUGAUGAUGUUGAAGUAGGUGAAGUGGACAAUGAUGCUGAAGUGGGUGAUGGUGAUAGUGUUGAAGUGGAUAUUGAUGCUGAAGUGGGUGACAGUGAUGGUGUUGAAGUGGAUAUUGAUGCUGAAGUGGGUGAUGGUGAUGGUGUUGAAGUGGAUAUUGAUGCUGAAGUAGGUGAUGGUGUUGAUGUGGAUAUGGAUGCUGAAGUGGGUGGUGGUGUUGAUGUGGAUAAUGAUGCUAAAGUGGGUGAUGGUGUUGAUGUGCAUAAUGAUGCUGAAGUAGGUGAUGGUGUUGAUGUGCAUAGUGAUGCUAAAGUAGGUGAUGGUCAUGAUGGCAAUGAACCUAAGUUUGAUAGUGAAAAAGAGUUGGAGAGUGAACCUGAGUUGGAUCGGGCAACUGUAAUUCCAACUAAACCAAUUAAACCACAUGUCAAUGACAAUGACUUUCACCAUGAUAAUGAUGAAGAUUCUGACCAGCUGCAGACACCACCUGAGAGUGAAAAUGAUGAAGAGUAUGAGAGGUUUCCUACCUAUAAGGUUGGUGUGGGAACAAAAUUUCAAUUAGGCAUGAAAUUUAACAACAAUGAUUUGGUAAGGGAAGCCAUAAAGGAGUAUGCUAUGAUGGAAAAAAAGAAUGUGUAUCUAAAGAAGAAUGAUGCAAAGAGGAUGGUUGUUAGGUGUAUUAGUGAAUGCAAGUUCUACAUGAGAAUUGGUAAAAGGGUUGAUAACCAAUAUUGGCAAGUGGCUUAUAGAGCUAAAAGAAGAGCAAUGGAUAUUAUUCAAGGUGCAGGAAGGGACCAGUUUACACAUCUAAGAACUUAUGCAAAUGAGCUAGUUAACUCCAACCCUCAUAGUAACAUUGUGUUGAAAUGCUCAGAUUCUAGUGAUGACCCAAUUUCUGAGAGAAUAUACAUUUGUCUAGAGGCAUGCAAGACUGGUUUUGCUUUUUAUUGCAGACCACUUAUUGGACUAGAUGCUUGUUUUUUAAAAGGAGAUUAA